AUGGUUUAUGUAAGAGCUGAAGGUAGACCUGAUUUAUUCAUAACUUUCACCUGCAAUCCAAAAUGGGAGGAAAUUCAAGAAUGUUUGAAAUCAGGACAAAAACCGCAAGACAGACAUGAUAUAUUAGCGAGAGUGUUUAAUUUGAAAGUCAAAAAAAUGAUAGAUUUAUUGAGAAAAAAUGAAAUAUUUGGUCCCGUAAAAUGUUUCGUAAGUCGUAUAGAGUGGCAGCGAAGAGGGUUGCCACACACACACAUACUAUGUUGGUUGAAAGAUAAAAUCAAGGCUCAUCAAAUUGAUAGCAUAAUUAGUGCUCAAAUUCCUAACCCAUCUACUGAUCCUGAACUCCAUGAACUUGUAAAAUCCCACAUGAUACAUGGACCUUGUGGAAGUUUAAACGAAAAUUCCCCAUGUAUGAAUAACGGCAUAUGCAGUAAAAACUAUCCUCGAAAUUUUUUGGACGAAACAAGAGCGGGAGAAGACAGCUAUCCUACGUAUAAAAGGCUUUCUCCUGAUAAUGGUGGAUUUACUACUGUUAUUAAACAUUUUAAAAUUGACAACAGCUGGGUUGUACCAUACAACCCAGUGCUAUUAAAAACUUCAAAAGCACACGUAAAUGUUGAAAUUUGCAAUUCAGUAAAAUCAAUAAAAUAUAUUUGUAAAUAUGUUCAUAAAAAAUCUGAUGAGGCAACCUGUGUUAUUGAAAAUAAAAAUGAUGAAAUACAGCAAUUCCAAAGUGGUCGAUUCAUAAGUUCAUCAGAGGCUGUUUGGCGUAUAUUGACUUUCAAAAUUCACAAUAGGUACCCACCAGUGAUGCAUCUGAGUGUUCAUGGAGAAAAUGAACAAAGGGUUUAUUUUACGCCAAAAAAUAUGUCUGAAAUAGUAGCAAAUCCACCGCAAACCACAUUAAUAGGAUUCUUCAAGCUGUGCCAGGUUGAUUCUUUCGCAAGAAACUUGUUGUAUAAUGAGGUCCCACAAUACUAUACAUGGGCAAAAGGAAAAUUCAACAGAAGGCAACGGGGAGAAACGGUUGAAAAUCAUCCAGAGAUUAAAAAACAAUAUGUACUAGGACGAGUUUAUACUGUCCAUCCCAAUAAUUAUGAAUGCUAUUUUCUUAGACUUCUAUUGCAUCAUGUUAGAGGCCCCUUGUCAUUUGAAUUCCUUAGGACAGUUGGUGGAGUGGUUCAUCCAUCUUUUCAAUCUGCAUGCUUUGCCCACGGAUUAUUAGAAAAUGAUGAAAAUUGGGAUGCAACAUUGGAGGAAGCUGUCAUUGGGGAUUCUCCGAAAAAGUUGCGUGACCUGUUCGCAGUUAUGAUAGUUUUUUGCCAGUUGUCAAACCCCAUGCAUUUAUGGAACAAAUACAAGGACAGUUUUAGCGAGGAUGUCCAAAGAAAAUUAACGAAUAAAAACACCAUUAUUGAUGAUGAGAUUAAACAGAAAAUUGAGAAUGAAACUUUAAUACUAUUGGAGGAAACAGUAAUUAGAAUAUCUAAUAAUCGACUAAAUCAUUACAAUAUGUGCAGCCCUACAUACAGUCAAAAUUACUUUGAUCAUAGUUUUCUUGCAAAAACAGCAUCAGGCAAUAAUUCAAAACGUUUAGACUCAAUUUUAGCAACAGAAUCAUCAAGGAAUAAGGAGCAAAUUGAACUUUGUGAUUAUAUUAUAAACAGUAUUAAUUCAAAUGAAGGUGGGUUUGCCUUCCUAGAUGCAUAUGGAGGUACUGGAAAAACCUUCACCAUAAACUAUUUGUUAGCUAAAUUGAUUUUUGAAGGACAAACAGUCAUUUCAGUUGCAUCAUCUGGUAUUGCAGCAACAUUAUUAUUGCACGGAAGAACUGCUCACAGUGCUUUUAAACUGCCAUUAAAUUUAAAUUCAGCUGAUAUCCACUUUUGCAACAUAAGCAAACAGAGUAAAAUAGCAGAACUACUUAAAACAACUUCAUUCAUCGUCUGGGAUGAAAUUACAAUGGCACAUAGGGCUGGUGUUGAAGCUCUUGAUCGUACACUUCAAGACAUUCGUAAUGAUAAGCGCAGAAUGGGUGGAGUAACAACAUUACUAUCUGGAGAUUUUAGACAAACAUUGCCCGUCAUACCUAGAGGAACGAGAGCUAAUGAAAUUGAUGCCU